UUUUUCCUACAUUCGCUGAUUCGCUCUCGUUUGGUUUUGGUGGUUUGAAGAAAAUUAUCGAUUUAUAAAAGUUGGCGGGCGGAAGUGUUUUUCUUCUUUAACAAUACAUAAAUAAAGAAUAAUUUUUUAUUUUCAUUUUAAUUAAAUAAAUAAAGUUUUUAAAAAAAGAUAUAAAAUGGGACGUGUGCACAAGAAAAAAAUCGCACAAUAUAAUAAAGAAAACGGCGACGGAGCUCUUGAUAAUUCGACAAAUGGCGAUGAAAAAUCUAGCGAUCGUUCCAGAGCGGACUCCGAUGCCGACGAAUCGAUUGCAUCUUCGAAAAAGCGCACUCCCAAGAGCACCCCCGUCCCUGAAGAUAAAGUUGUAGAUGAUGAGGAAGAAGAGGAGCAAAUCGAUGAUAUCGACCGCAGCGAGGAAAAGAAACCAGAAAGCGCCGAGGAGGACAAUAAAAGUGACGACGACGAAGAAGCCGAACCAGAAUCAAGCAGCAAAAGCUCACCAGUUGGAAAGAAAACUGCCCAAAAACGAAAAGCCGCUUCACGUUCCAAGGCAGAUGAUGGCGAUGAUGAGGACGAUGUCGAGGCAAAUGGUGCAUCUCCAGCUAAAAAGACUCCCAACAAAAAAAAUGCCGGCAAAAAGGCCAAAGCCAAGCCGAAAUCGAAAAAACCAAAACCUGAAACAGAAGAUGAAGCAGAAGAUGAUGAGGAAGAGGGAGAGGCUGAUGACCAAGAAUACGAGGUUAAAGAAGUCGUUGACCACAAAACAGAAAAAGGAGUUUCCUACUAUUUAAUUAGAUGGAAGGGCUAUGGUCCUGGUGAUGAUACUUGGGAGGAAGAAGGCACACUUUCUUGCCAAGAUCUGAUUGAGAAAUUUAACAAAAAAAAAAAAGACACCAAAUCGACGAAAGCCAAACCAGCAUCAAAAAAAUCUGCCGCAGCAGCUAAAAAAGGUGGAAAGAAAGCAAGUGAAGAUCCCGAAAAACAAUGGGAAGUCGAUAAAAUUAUUGAUUAUUCUGAUGAAAAGAAAGGUCGUGUCUUCCGCAUUCGCUGGAAGGGAUAUUCUGCUAAAUUUGACACAUGGGAACCAGAAGAAAAUCUUAACUGCGAUGAUCUUAUUGAGAAAUUUAUUAAAAAAGUCGACUCUCAAAAAGAUAUUUCUUAUAAAGAAUUACGAGAAGAACCCAAGAAAACCAAGCGAAUGGUAUCCGAGCGAUAUCUUAAAGCUGAAAAAGGGGCCCGAAAAUCCAAGCGAGCAGGUGGAAAAAGGAUACAGUAUGCGGACAGCGAUUAAAUUGUCAUUUUAAUUUUUUUAAGGCUUUACUUAGAGUUAAGUAUUCGCCACCAGUUAAAUUGGAAUGCAAUGGUAUUGGAGAAAUAUAUAAUAAUUAAUACUUUCUGUAGUUUUCACAAAAAAAAAACAAAAACAAUAAUUUGUUUGUCUUAAAAGAUAAAAUGCAGACUACUUUUGAUGUUCAAAA